GUAGAUAACUCGUCCCAUGGGGAUGAUGAUGUAUUGGAUCUCGCCCAUCGUAUGACUCUUGGUUCAGCGCAACGGUCUGCCCUACCAGGUCUUUCGCUUUGCACUGUCUAUGAUCACCGCUCCCGUCACCUCGAGUCACUUGGGAACUCUCAUUCGAUGUGAGUUCAUCUCCCCUGCUGGUUAUCUACUUCUCUCAGUACCCAACCAUUGCUGAAUGAUGGUCGAUCAGCUGGUCUGGACUGGGCGGUCUCGAAGAUCUCGUCGAACAAAUUCUUUCCCCGGUAAUGCCCCAGACAGGUUGGGGAAAUACAUACGCACGUAGGAGGGCCAGGAAAAUAAAAAAACAAACCACGAAAAAUAAAUAAUUAAAGAAGAAAAGAAAAAAUUGAGCAAAUUAUAAACCAUAACCAGAAAUGAGUCUUGCAUCCGCAGGCACAUCAUCACCUCAUACCUCCAUCAUCGACAAUCAUCAAAAUGGCAUCAUUCUAGGGAUUCGUUUCGUGUGCGCCUGCCGCACCCCCCCCUUCAAUAGAGUAGUAGUAGUGGAUAGAUGGAGGAAUUGGAUCGAUCUUCCACCUCCGCUUGACCGUAUCACGUUUUCGGUCGAGAUCAAUACACCAUAAUUACCUACCGCCUAGAU